ACUCUUUUUAUGACCAGUGCAAAGAGGAAAAUAGUAUUGUGAGCUUGUUUACAGUGCUCUGCCUUUUCAAUCUCAAUUUCUGUAGUUGAGCCUGAAGCACAAAGGAGAGAUGUUGUUUUCCUGCUGGAUGGGUCAGAUGGCACUCGCAGUGGGUUCCCUGCGAUGAAGGACUUUGUGCUAAGAGUGAUGGAGAAGUUGAAUGUGGCUGAGAACAAAGACCGUGUUUCUGUAGUCCAGUUCAGCAGAGAUCCUGAGACACAUUUCUAUCUAAACACGUACACAAGAAAGGAUGACAUAGUUGACACGGUUAGUGUUCUGAGGCACAAAGGAGGAAGACCCCUGAACACCGGGGCGGCUCUCCAGUACGUCAGAGACAAUGUCUUCACUGCCUCCUCCGGCAGCAGACGACUAGAGGGUGUGCCACAAAUACUGAUCCUUCUGAGUGGCGGAAGGUCAUUUGACAAUGUUGAUGUCCCGGCCUCUGCUCUGAAGGAUCUGGGGGUCUUGAUAUUCACAAUAGGAUCACGAGGCUCUGACAGCAGAGAACUGCAGAGGAUUUCACAUGACCCUAAAUACGCUCUGUCUGUGUCCGAUUUCACUGAGCUCCCAAAUGUCCAGGACCAGCUCGUCAACACUGUAGAGGCUGUUGCCGUUCCCAUCACUCCAGCAUCACCAACUCCCAUCGUUGAUUAUGACAUCACCAGAAAGGAUGUUGUUUUCCUGCUGGAUGGUUCAGAUGGCACUAGGAAAGGAUUCCCAGCCAUGCUUGACUUUGUGCAAAAAGUAGUUGAAAAACUCAACAUAGAGGAGAGCAGGGACCCGCGUUUCAGUGGUGCAGUACAGUAGAGAUCCUGAGGUCCAUUUCUAUCUAAAUACUUACUCGGAAGAAACAGACGUCCUCGAC